CAGGAGCUGACCUGCUCCAUCUGUCUGGAUCUCUUCAGCGAGCCCGUCUCCACGCCAUGCGGACACAACUUCUGCCAGGGCUGCAUCGGGGGCUACUGGGCCUCCAGCUCCGUGUGCAGCUGCCCACUGUGCAAACGGGUGUUUGAGGAGCGUCCUGAGCUCAGCAUAAACCGGGUGUUCGCUCAUAUCGCCCAGAAAUAUAAAGAGAUGCAGUACGGCUGGCCUCCUCAGCCGAAGCCAAGGCAAAAAGCAGUUAUUACCGGAGCUUCUCUGGCUGAGGCCGAGCAGAUUUUGUGUGACAUCUGCAGCGGCAAGAAAAAGAAAGCCGUGCGCUCCUGUCUUACGUGCACUGCGUCGUACUGCGAGCUUCACGUGGUGCCACAUCAGCAGACGUCGCUCUACGCCUCCCAACGACUGCUGGACCCUCACGAGGCCCUGCGAGGCCGAACCUGCCAGGAGCACCACCGGCUGAUGGAGGUCUACUGCCGCACGGAUCAGAAGUGCAUUUGUGCCAUCUGCGUGCUGGAGGAACACCGCACACACACCACAGUCUCAGUGCAGACAGAACGCGCUAGCAAACAG